GAGAUAAUCAAUAUUUCAAACAACAGCCCGAAUUUUCUUACAUUACGGGGAUUCCGACAUGGAGGAAGAUGAUGUUCCUCCACUGGAGGAUAUGUCUGACAUUCUGAAGCAAGCAGAGGUCAUUAGGUCAAAGGCUGAUAGGUCACACAUCAAACAACCAGCUGACUCCUCCCCCAGGGGACGAGUUCCACAGAACGGUCUCCAUGAUAAAGAUACUGAGAAAAAGUUGGAGAAGUCAGUGCAGAGCCCUGCAGGAAAAAGUGAAAAACCUGUCAACACUGCAUCCUCAAAAUCUGACCCUGGGAACUUUGGGGGCUUCAGGAAGGGGUUCUUGUUUGGAGGAAGCAGUUCAUCGAAGCCAAAGGUCAAAAGUUCAUCUUCAGGGUCAAAUGUCAAGAGUUCGUCAGAGAUGCCAUAUAUAACCCAGAAAUCUGCUGACAAAGGUCACAAACUUCCAGAGGUUCAGCAAACUUUGACGAAAGAGGCACAAAAAAUUGCAGAGAGUAAAGACGAAUGGCUGACGGAUGGCCUUAUGAAAAAGAUCGAGUCAAAUGACAAACUGUUCAAGAAGCUAGGAGAUAAGAAAUAUGUUGAGGCCGUGAACCAGUUUCAAGCAGAUCCAGUCAAAGCCAUGGAGCGGUACAAAGACGAGAAGGAAAUCCAGGAAUUCCUCACCUCAUUCUGCAAAAUCAUGGGAGAACACUUCACUGGUUUAGCUGAUGAUCAAGACAAAACUGCAAAACCAAGCAAACCUGCUCCACCAAGUAAAAUCGUGGAACUUAACUCUGAAUCCGAGGUCCAUGAAGCCAAGGCUAAACCCUCCCAUACAAUCAACCCAGGCAACACAGAGACUCUAUACACAAGGUCACCAACAGAGGGCGCUGACAUGUCAGUGAGGAGCUCCACCAAUCCCAAUCAGCCUACUGCAGAAGAUGAAAGGAGGAUGCAGGAUAUUUUAGCCAAUCCAGAGAUCCGUAACAUAUUAAUGGAUCCUAAAGUUAUGAAGCUGAUUGAAACUCUGAAAUUCAAUCCUAGUGAAGGAGCAAGGAUAUUACAAACUGCUGACUUAGAGUUGAGGGGGAAGAUCAACCAACUGGUGCAGUGUGGCCUGCUUCAGCUCCAGACCUAGGGGACCAGAGAGAGGGGGGGGGGACCAGAGAGAGAUAGAGAGAGAGACAGAGAGAGAGAGGCACACACAGAGAGACACACACACACAGAGAGAGGGAGAGGCACAGAGAGAGAGACAGACACACACACACACACACAGAGAGAGAGAGAGAGAGAGAGAGAGAGAGAGAGAGAAAGAAACAGAGACAGACAAAGAAACAGAUCUCCUUUACAUUUAAGAACAUGCAUUUUUUCCAGUGUGUGAAGUUGUUAUGACACAUGUCUAGGUUUGAUACCAGUAUUGUUUUUAAUUGAUGUUGGAAGAAAUAAUUCUGAUUUACCCAGUAUUUCAGUAAAUAUAACGGAGCAUUCCCCCAGUAAAUAUAACGGAGCAUUCUCACAGUAAAUAUAACUGACCAUUCUCACAGUAAAUAUAACGGAGCAUCCCCACAGUAAAUAUAACGGAGCAUUCCCCCCAGUAAAUAUAACGGAGCAUUCCCCCAGUAAAUAUAACGGAGCAUUCUCACAGUAAAUAUAACUGACCAUUCUCACAGUAAAUAUAACGGAGCAUCCCCACAGUAAAUAUAACGGCGCAUCCUCACAGUAAAUAUAACGGAGCAUUCUCACAGUAAAUAUAACGGAGCAUCCUCACAGUAAAUAUAACGGAGCAUCCCCACAGUAAAUAUAACGGACCAUCCUCACAGUAAAUAUAACGGACCAUCCUCACAGUACAUCCCCACAGUAAAUAUAACGGAACAUCCCCACAGUAAAUAUAACGGAGCAUCCUCACAGUAAAUAUAACGGAGCAUCCCCACAGUAAAUAUAACGGACCAUCCUCACAGUAAAUAUAACGGACCAUCCUCACAGUAAAUAUAACGGAGCAUUCCCACAGUAAAUAUAACGGAGCAUUCUCACAGUAAAUAUAACGGAGCAUCCCCACAGUAAAUAUAACGGAGCAUCCUCACAGUAAAUAUAACGGAGCAUUCCCACAGUAAAUAUAACGGACCAUUCUCACAGUAAAUAUAACGGAGCAUCCCCACAGUAAAUAUAACGGAGCAUUCCUCACAGUAAAUAUAACAGAGCAUCCCCACAGUAAAUAUAACGGAGCAUUCCUACACAGGGAGAUUAUGAUAUUGUUUGUCCGUCCAGUUACAAUGAUGUAUUUUGAAGCUUUUAAUGAAUAUUAAAGAUUUUUGAGAAUAGAA